AGCUCCGCUGCCAUCUUCUCAGGGGGCGCCUGUGUCCGUGCAGGUCUCCGUCGCACCGGGGCAGCACACGCUUGGGGCACGCUCAGCAUGGCAGCAAUCAGCUAGCGAGGCGCGGUCAGCAUGGCGCUCAGCGAGGAGACGGACAGGCAGGCGCUGGAGGCGUUCCUCAUGGCCGACCCAGCGGUGAAUCUAUACGCGAUUGGCGACUUGGACCCGACCUGCUGGGGCGACUGCGUCUGGCACGGCCUGCGCGAGGAGGGUGACCCUGACGGCAGCGGCGGCACGGCACUGCGGGCGGUGGCGCUGCUCUACCGUGGCCUGGCGGUGCCGGUGCUGCAGCUGCUGGCCGACCCUCGCGACCCCGCCGCGGUGCGCGCGGCGGAGCGGCUGCUCUCGCUGCUGGGCGAGGCGGCGGUGGAGCGGCUGCCGGCAGGCGCGUUCGAGGCACACCUCAAUCCUGGGAUGGAUCGAAUCCUGCGCAGCGCGGGCUUCAGGGUCACGUCGAGGCCACACCUGCGGAUGGCGAUGGGCGCCGCUGAUCUUGCACAGUUCCUCGCGGACCCACCGCCGGUGCGGGGUUGCGGAGGCGAGGCGCAGCGACUGACGCCGGCGGACGCGGAGGCGUGCAUGGACCUCUGUCGGACACUCGAGCGGUCGUGGUUUGAGCCGCAGUGCCUCGACAGUGGCGUGUAUUAUGGCAUUUACGGUGGCGGUGGCGGUGCCGACGGUGAAGGCGGCGGCGGCGGGAGGACACUGCUGGCGAUGGGCGGGACGCACGUGGCCUCGUCCGACUACAAGGUGGCUGCGCUAGGCAAUGUUGCCACCCGCGCCACGCAGCGUCGGAAAGGCUAUGGCCGUGUGGUGACCCGCGCGCUGUGCCUCGCACUGGCGGAAGAGGGGUAUGAGACCGUCGGCUUGAACGUGACGACGGACAACGUUGCAGCGAUUGGGAUGUACGAGUCGUUGCGGUUUCGCGUCGUGAUGAAUUUCGUCGAGUGUGACGUCGACCGCUAGGUCGCGCCUGGAUGCAUGCCCUGGUUGGCCGGCACGUGCUUGUCUCUGCAGUAGACGUUGUCGGCUCCAGAUGGUGAGUCCACGCAUGGGCAGCACAACAUGUCAUGCAGAAUGCCAGGGACAUGGUGGCACUUUCAUCGCUAUUUUGGGCGUUGCGCCACGUGCUCGAAAUAUUGAGAUGUUACCCAGCAUGUGCCCCAAAGGGUGUGCUUCUAACAAUGAACGUUGUGCAGUCGGCUGAUCUGGACGUGCGGCGCGAGGGGCCCGUUUGGCCGAA